AACACGGAAGUCUCGUUUCACAACCGGCGUGACAUUCACCGGGUUGCUUGCUUGGCUCGAGGAGUUGAGCAAAGGCAAGAAAACGAUCAUCUUGCCACGAUGAGACUUCUUCAAACGGCCGUGUGUUUGACAAAAAGGCACGCACUCGCUCCGGGAGGCGUAACUCUCAAGAAGGUACUCAUCAACAGCUGUCGGUCAUGCUCGUCCGGCGUCGUCCCCAACGAGAGAAUCCGUAACAUUGGCAUCUCCGCGCACAUCGACUCGGGGAAGACCACCCUUACCGAACGCGUGCUGUACUACACGGGGAGAAUAGCGGAGAUCCACGAGGUGAAGGGGAAAGAUGGCGUUGGGGCCACCAUGGACUCCAUGGAACUUGAGAGGCAGAGGGGCAUCACCAUCCAGUCAGCAGCAACCUAUACUAUGUGGAAGAACCACAACAUUAACAUUAUUGACACACCAGGUCACGUGGACUUCACCAUCGAAGUGGAACGAGCUUUGCGUGUGCUCGACGGUGCUGUGUUAGUCUUGUGCGCCGUGGGCGGAGUCCAGUGUCAGACCAUGACGGUGAACCGGCAGAUGAAGCGUUACGGCGUGCCCUUCCUCACUUUCAUCAACAAGCUGGACCGCAUGGGCGCCAACCCUGGCAGAGCCCUGCAGCAGCUAAGGAGCAAACUGAACCACAAUGCCGCCUUUGUGAACAUCCCCAUGGGCCUGGAGGGCAACGUCAAAGGCAUCAUUGACCUCGUCGAGGAGAGAAGCAUUUAUUUUGAAGGACCCUUCGGUCAAGUCACGCGUUACGAUGACAUCCCAGCAGAGUACCGCGCCGAGGCUGCGGACCGCAGGCAGGAGCUGGUGGAAUGCGUCGCCGACGCCGAUGAAGUCUUAGGAGAGAUGUUCCUGGAGGAAAAGGUUCCGACGAAUGACGACCUGAAGGCUGCCCUACGCAGGGCCACAGUGCAGCGUCUCUUCACGCCAGUUUUAGUGGGCACGGCGUUGAAGAACAAAGGCGUUCAGCCCCUGCUGGACGCCGUACUCGAUUAUCUGCCCAACCCCACCGAGGUCCAAAACUACGCCAUCUCCAACGAUGAAGAGUCAAGCGAGACGUCAAAGAUCCAAAUGGACCCGACAAGAGACUCGUCACAUCCUUUUGUCAGUCUGGCGUUCAAACUGGAGGCAGGUCGCUUUGGGCAGCUGACGUACAUGCGGGUGUACCAGGGUUGCCUGAAGAAGGGCGAGUACAUCUACAACACGCGCACCAGCAAGAGGGUGCGCGUACAGAGGCUGGUGCGCUUGCACGCCGACCAGAUGGAGGAUGUAGACGAGGUCUACGCGGGCGAUAUCUGUGCCCUGUUUGGCAUCGACUGCGCGAGCGGAGACACGUUCACAUCCAGAACUAGCGAUAACUUCUCUAUGGAAUCUAUUCACGUCCCAGAUGCUGUCAUUUCCAUGUCCAUCAAGCCAACCAACAAGAACGACCUGGAUAAAUUCUCCAAAGGCAUCAACCGCUUCACCCGGGAAGAUCCCACCUUCCGGGUUCAUUUCGACACGGAGAGCAAAGAAACCAUCAUUUCGGGGAUGGGCGAGCUGCACUUAGAGAUUUACUCCCAGAGGAUGGAGAGAGAGUACAACUGCCCCUGUGUGAUGGGGAAACCCAAAGUGGCCUUCAGAGAGACCAUCACGAGCGCCGUACCGUUCGACUUCACUCACAAGAAGCAGACGGGAGGUUCUGGUCAGUACGGAAAAGUCAUCGGCGUCCUUGAACCUCUUGAGCCGGAACAUUACACCAAGCUGGAGUUUGAAGACCAAACUGUAGGAACCAACGUUCCAAAGCAGCUGGUGCCGGCUGUCGAAAAGGGGUUCAGGGAGGCCUGCGAGAAGGGACCCCUGAGUGGCCACAAGAUCUCCGGUGUGCAAUUCGUCUUGGAGGACGGAGCACAUCACAUGGUGGACUCCAACGAAAUCUCCUUCAUCCGCGCAGGAGAGGGCGCUCUCAAGCAAGCUAUGGAGAAGGCCAACACCACCAUCUUGGAGCCCAUCAUGUCGGCGGAAAUCGUGGCGCCUCAGGAGUUUCAGGGCGUGGUUAUCGCCGGCGUGAACCGUCGCCACGGCAUCAUUACGGGCCAGGAUGGAUCCGAUGGAUACUUCACGCUGUACGCCGAUAUUCCACUUAACGACAUGUUUGGCUACGCUACAGAGCUACGCUCUUGCACCGAAGGAAAGGGCGAGUACACCAUGGACUACAGCAGAUAUCAGCCGUGUCUCCCAAGCACGCAAGAAGAACUCAUCCACAAGUACUUGGAGGCUACGGGCCAGUUACCUACUAAGAAGAAGUGGAAGAGCUGAUUUCUCAUCACGGUAGAGUUUUUUAAAUUCAAUUAUGUGGACUCCAACCUUUUAGUUAUGUUUUACAUCACUCUCCCUGCAUUGCGGAAAAACCUUAAGAGGCGACCACCCACAAAACUUUUUUCCUUUUAGGAAUCACAUUUGUAGGAGAGCUACGA